CCGGCUCUGGCCCCGCGGCUGCCGAGCAGUCGGAGACGCAGCUGCGGCGCCGGGGCCUGAGCGGCCGCGCCUCCUCCUCCUCCGCCUCCUCCUCCUCCUCCUCCUCCUCCCCGUCGUCCUCGCCGCCGGCGCGCCCAGAGCGCGGCGCACAGGUGUGGAGCCAGUGUGUCUGCCGGGGCCGUGCCCGGGUUCAGAGACAUGCCAGUUGGUGGGUGCAGCUGAAGGCAGUGAUGGAGCCCCUGCAGCAGCAGCAGCCGCCGCCACAGCCGCCGCCGCCUCACCUGACGGCUCUGCAGAUGGAUGCCCGAGAGAAGCAGGGGAAGCCCAUGAGAGACGCCCAGUUCCUGUAUGCCCAGAAGCUCGUCACACAGCAGACUCUCCUCUCGGCCACACCUGGGCGGCCUUCGGGCAGCUCUGCCCUGGGCCCCUUAGCCAGGGUCCCAGCGGCAGCGGCCCGGGUUAUGGAACGGAGCACUGUGAACUCGGAGCCCGAGGAGGAGGAGGGAGGGCUGGAAGGGGAGGACGACGGAGAUGAUGAUGUGGCAGAGGUGUCCGAGAAAGAGGGCCAGGCAGCUGCGAAAUAUUUUCCUGUGCAGAAAGGGGCUCGCCAAGACCCCCGAGCGGGCCCUAUCUCAGGCUUGCUCCCCGCCCCCGGGCUCCCACCGCACGGACAGCAAGCUAAAGAGGAUCGCACCAAAGAGGCUUCUACGGCCCCACCUUCCGGCCCCGCGGGCGGUCAGCCUGCCUGGAAUCUGGAUGAGCAGCUCAAGCAGAAUGGUGGAUUGGCCUGGAGUGAGGACGCGGAUGGAGCCCGGGGAAGAGAGAUCUCUCGAGAUUUUGCCAAGCUGUAUGAACUGGACAGUGACCCAGAACGAAAAGAGUUCCUGGAUGACCUCUUCGUCUUCAUGCAGAAGCGGGGCACCCCCAUCAACCGAAUCCCCAUCAUGGCCAAGCAGACCCUGGACCUGUACAUGCUGUACAAGCUGGUGACGGAGAAGGGGGGCCUGGUGGAGAUCAUCAACAGGAAGAUCUGGAGGGAGAUCACCAAAGGCCUGAACCUGCCCACCUCCAUCACCAGCGCCGCCUUCACCCUGCGGACACAGUACAUGAAGUACCUCUAUGCCUACGAGUGUGAGAAGAAGGCCUUGAGCUCCCCGGCCGAGCUGCAGGCGGCCAUCGACGGCAACCGGAGGGAGGGCCGGCGGCCCAGCUACAGCUCCUCACUCUUCGGCUACUCGCCCGCCGCCGCCUCGGCCGCCACUGCUGCCCGGGCUCCCGCCCUCCUGUCCCCGCCCAAGAUCCGCUUCCCCAUCCUCGGCCUGGGCGCCAGCGGGGGCAGCAGUGCCAGCAGCCCCCGCAUGUCCCCUGCAGCUGCUCUCAGGAAAGCUUUGCUUCCUUGGCCAGGCGACGGCGUCCCGGUGACGACGGUGCCAAACCGCCUGGCUGUGCCCAUGGCCCUGGCAGGCCAGCAGACUGGCAGCCGAACAGCCGCGCUGGAGCAGCUGCGGGAGCGGCUGGAGUCGGGGGAGCCCGCUGAGAAGAAGGCGUCCCGGCUGUCGGAGGAGGAGCAGCGCCUGGUGCAGCAGACCUUCCAGCGCAGUCUCCUCAGCAUGGCCCGCCAGCUGCCCAUGAAGAUCCGGAUCAACGGCAGGGAGGACAGAUCAGAGGCCUCGACUGCAGCCCUGAACCUGACCACAAGCAGCAUUGGGAGCAUCAACAUGUCGGUGGACAUCGACGGCACCACCUACGCAGGCGUGCUGUUCGCCCAGAAGCCCGUGGUCCACCUCAUCGCGGGAUCCACUCCCCAGAGCCUCGGCGGCAGCAGCAGCAGCAGCUCCUCCCACUGCUCGCCGAGUCCUACCUCUUCCCGGGGCACCCCCAGUGCAGAGCCCUCCACCAGCUGGUCCCUCUGACGGGCGACGGGCCGGGCACGGCCUCCCACGCCCCUCUCCUGUCAGGGCUGGAGGACGUGGACGCACAGAAUUUACCUCAUCUCCCGGAGCCCGUGUCGACGCCGCGUGGCCAGACGUGGAGAGUCCGGGCGUGGGCGACUCUCCAGGCUCCACUCAGGUCCUGCUGUACUCUGGGGACAGGACAGGGCAGCGUUGUCCAAUCAGGGAUUGCCCGGGGACUGGGCUGGGCCCGCGGGCAUGCAGCUCCCUCCCAGCCCCCAGGCCGCCUCCACUCCUGGGCAGUGUAUGACAAUCUGGAGCGCAGGGCUGGAGGCCCUCCAGUCCCCUUCCCUUUAAUUUAUUUCCCGUCUCCCGGGCUCACUGGCCUCUUCCCCUGCCCAGUACCCCAGGCUUUUAAUCAGGACCCAUCUCUGCCGCGCCCGGGCCCCCCGGGCCACCUUGCCCACCACGUUUGGGCGCAGGCUGUGGGGCCCUCCAAUUCAAGUCUGGAUGCAGUUCCUUGGGCCUUCCAAGUCUGCUGGGGUGAGGCAGGCCUGGGGCCCCGCGGCACUGACCCUUACCCAGCCCCCCACCCAGACCUCACGCUCCCACUGGCCCUUUCUGACCAGCUCUCCCACGAACCGCCCACUUGCCCCCCCACCUUCUCCUGGGGCUGUCUCGGCCUCAGCACCCCAAACCUGCCGACAUCAGGUUCAUUGAAAUACCUCAGAUUUGUAAUUGUCGAUGUUUGAUUCUUCAGGAAGUAUUUGCAUCUCUGAAAGCUUUUUUAUAUGUUUUUGAUGACUUUUUUUUUUUAAUUUUUAUUGUUGUAGAACCAAAGAAAUGAAAGCAGAUCACCCCCAAAACCGAGCAGAUAAGAUUUGGUACCCCAGCCCUUCCGGCCUCCCCUGAGGUCCCAGUGAGAGGGGACUGUGGGGAGCAGGCCGGAGGGCUGACUCAGGGAUCCCGGGGGCGGGUGGGGCAGGGGCCUGCUCUGGCAGGUGCGGUCUAUACCCCACCCCACUCCUGCAGAUGGCCCUUGCCCCCUUUUACCGGAGCUGGUCCCUUGCGCCUGGCCCACUCAUCCCUGUGUGCAGGGGUGAGGAGGGACCUGGAGUUCCGGGCAGAGUCCGGGCUCACCUCCUUUGAGAGGGGCCCCCUGCAGUGCUGUCUGGAAGGACAGGGAGUCCAGAGCUUGAGCACAAAGCGUACCUCACCCAGGCCAGCGGGCACGCACUCCCCUCCAGCAGGACCUGCCCUCUGGGGCCUCCGUGGCUGCCUGCCACUUCUCCCCAGGCAGGUGCAGCCCGCGGGCAGAGAAGGGCAGCUGGGCCCCGCUGCCAGGGAGGAGCCCAGCUGGCUGGCACGGGGCCUUCUAAAGGCAUGUCAGACAUCGGGCCAGUGUCUGUCUCAGGGUUUGGUGACGAGGGACGACUCUUCCCACCCAGAAGACACAGGAACGCCGAGUAUCUGGUCACUGGAUUGGCCUCUUGUCCCCAGGCCGCCUGCCCUGCGUCCCGCGCAGGGACAAGAGCUGAAGCUCAGCAGAAAGCCCCUGAGGAGGGGCCUUGGCCGAGAGGGGCUGUCUGGAAGCACAGUCCUGGACGCUCCCUCGGAGGCGGCCGGCCCCGCCCACCCUCCAUGUAUUCUAACCAGGAAAAAUGUGAUAGCACAUGGGUAGCCUAGCAGCGGAGAAAUACCUCAGUCCUUUCACAGCAAGUGUCUGUAUAUGUCGUGGUUGUUUUCUAUCUUAUGUGUUCUCGAAUGUUUAUAUUUCAAUAAACCUCUACCUCUUCACACAGCA